CUCUCCGACACUGGUUUAUCGACGCGUGGCCGUGCACUGCUCGCUCUGAAGAUGCGGACCCAAAAUUAAUAUGCAAUCGAGCUCAGCCGACGUCCUCCAACCCGCGAGACUGCACCCUCACCCAUCACCUCCCUUCGCAACAUCGCAUCCAGAUUGAGGCCGCCGCGCUACCGCUACCUCCUCCCAGCCGAGCCACCACCAUCACUCCUGGUCAUCCUCCUCCCCGCCACCGUGCCCUCUCCACUGGCCGUCGCGUACGCCACCUCCAGCGAACACGCCUCCACGCAUCCUCCACGGGCAGCUCGCUGUCGCGACACAUCUUCUCUCUCUCUCUACGUGCGCCCUCGCCAGCCCGAGUCCUCUCUCUUCGCUCGCGCCGCCACCGGCACCGUGCCUGCGCUGCCUUGCAUCUCCCGACCACCAGUUGUCCUUCCCUUCAUCCUCCUCUCACCCAAACAGUCGUAUGGGCCCUUCGCCGCCGACCACGUGCUCGGGUGCAGCUACCUCCAAAUUUCCCAGACCGAGGCGGCACGACAGGCGUCCAGCGGCACCAUUCGGCUUUUGAAGAUGGAGCGGGUGCUGCUCGAGGAGGAUGAAGAGGACCGGUUGUUGAGGAAGUUGGGAAACACUAUAGACUAAACCUAAAGCUAGCAAGGGGCCUGGACAUCAGACUUGAACUUCUAAAGUUUUACAAGAAUUAUUCAGCAAACCUUAUACACUGUUUAUGGAAAGGGUAAGUGCUGCAGUUUAGUACACUAGAGUAAAUAAGCCUCUUUGUUGCUGAUCAAAUGAUUUUGUAGAGAGCCUCGAUUGCAUUCAGGGCUUGGUCGAGCGUAUAUGUUUAGUGACAUAAAAAACAUUGAUCAGAGAUGCUUCAAAUAUGAUAUAAAUAGUGAGGAUGAAUUGUGCAUCUUGUUUGUUACUCUUCAUUGGGGUGACACAUUUGAUGAUCCAAUGCACAUGGCUAGCAGACCCUUUUGUAAAAAAUGGUCGUCUUGGUCCUUUCAAAUUACAAACAUAAAUAUAGAGGAAAACAUUGUCCCCUUUGUUUGGGAGCAAGUGGAAUAGAUUUUAUCAUAUUGCUAUAGGCAAGAGGGAUGAAUGAGUCGAAUUGGGGUAAAUAAAGGCAAUGCAAGCCAGGAACGCCCAAGGCGUCCGCAUCUCCAAGAUGGUACGCUCCCUGAACCGAUCCUCUUACUCAUUUCAGUUCUAUUUGCUUCUCUUCGAUCUAUUGAUAUUACACAUGCUUGCUUGAAACCAUAAAUGAUAAUAAAUUCAAUGCAUCAAGCCAUCAAGAUAGCAUCCCCCUACUAGCCUCAUCCUUGGUACUAAUAUGCAUAGCAGCACAUUUGCUCACAGUUCACCACAACUGACUUCAUAAAGAUGUAAUGUCACCAUAUGUUUUAAAAAGUGUGUCGUCGAACAUGUCCUUAUAUUUCUUAGGACAGCAAAUGAACCAACUUCUGAAGUGGAAGAUUCAUAAACCUUGUAUUCAUCAUGAUGAGCAUAAUAAAAUUAAUUUCAACUGACGAAGAGGGAAAAAUUGGAGUUGUUAUCCCUCAUUUUUCUGGUACCUAAAAUAAUGCUGGUCCCAAUAGGGAUUAGUGCAUUUCAGAUUUUAGGAUGGCAGAAUCCAAAUAUUUGCAACCUAAAACAUCGAUCCAGCCAAAAUGUUAGUGGAAAUAGGUAGCUGUUUAGAACAAAUAAUUUUGAUAGCAAAUUAGCAAGCUAAAAAAAGUUCCCAUGAAACUGGUAUCUGUUAAGAGGUAAUGCAGAGCAUGUACCAUAAGCAUUUUCUAUUGUCUAUAGUUUGUUGGAUUCGUUCUUUGUGAUUUGUAGCACCCAAACGUUUGGUAAGCAUAUAGUCCCCACUAGAUGGUAAAUAGAAGUAGGUGUAGCCAUACAACAUCUGGUCGAUAUCGAAAAUUAUACAAUAUUUCAAGUAACUUUUAAACCGUGUUGCGCUAUUGCAUACUUGUAGAUACUUUAUUUUGAUGAUAGUUUCCAAAUUAUCAUAAUUUUUUUCAUCACUACUAAUGUUAUACAGUGUAUAAAAACACAAUAAUUUUGGUUAUAUAAAUAAAAAAGAGACGUUCAUUGGAAGUUUGUUGCUGAACUAGGACCACCAGACUACCUUGUAUUCUUUUUGCGUACAUCUUUCCUGAAUUAGGACCCUAGCACCAUGUGCAUUAACAACACAAAUGAGUAAGGAAGUUUUUUGCUCGCUGUUAUGGACAACAGGACAUACAUUAGGAAUUAUUUCUAUUUAAAUUGUGGGUAUCUCAUGCUUUUUUGUGUAGAUUUCUAACAUAACCAAGUUGUUCCUUCGUCAUGGUUUCAGGUCUUAGCUCUAUUUUGGACCAAUCAGUCUGAAAACAGAAGGGUUAUAUCUACAAGCAAUUGAUCUUCUCAGCUUUGAACAUUAUUAAUGUUUAUACUAUUGAAUGAUUGGCAUACUGAUAAAAUUUGAUGUUAAACUUGAAGGUCGAUGAUGAGGUAUAUGAUGCUUUGGCCGAACACCUUCUUUCUAUCUUGGAGGAUAUUGAAAAUUUGAUUCAAAGUAAGCCUUUCCUGUUGGUGCUGUUUCGGGACAUUGUUCGUUGCAUGGUCAUGUUCUUAUAUUGUAGACUUGCAGUUAUCAAAGCUGGGUUGGUUUUGAAUGUCCUGCACUAGGACAUGUUAAUUCUUGAACAUCGCCAAUCAAGUUUGUGGUCUGGUUGCUUUCACUCUUGAUUUUAAUUUUAAAAAACAUAGUUGGCUUGUAUUGUCCAACCUUUUUUUUGGUCAAGCGUACUAAACUACUAAUUUGCUUCCAAGAGAAUCUGUAGCGAUUGUUCAGUUAUCUAGCUUGGGAAUGGAUAAAUAUAUUUAAGAAAGUCUAUAUAGCCACCAGAUGUCUAUAAACUAUAGAGAUGAGACUGUUUAGGAUAUAGUUUUGAAGAAAACAUCUUAUCAUUCAUUUUUUCACAAUGAUAAUGAUAAAAAGAUUACCGUUUGUUUUCAUGUAUAUGCAUGCUUUUCGCAUCGUUGUACUGUAUAUUGUUACCUGUAAACAAUAUUUAUUUAACAUUUGUCCAAGUACCAAAUUAUCACAAGAUUUUGUCUGGUUUAUGCACAAUAAUAGUCGAGGAUUAAAAUUUGUAUUACAUAGAAAUAUUUAAAAAAAAUCUUUGGAGAAGUAUAUCUUCCAUGUCACUUACAGUAAUGAGUGUUAAAAAUGAUCCUAAAUGUUGAUGCCUUAGUAACGCCAACAAAAUUCCACUUUGUGAUCCUGAAUUGAGGACUAAGUAACCAGUUCAAGCAGUACCAUUUUGUGUUAUGAGUGGAGGAUAAUGACCUCAAACAUGUCCCUUCUUUACACAUAUAUAGAAAUUUCUGAGGAUGCUAGGAUUCUUUCUGAAGAAAUUUCUGAGUGGUGCCUCACUCCUAUUUUUUCCUUUGCUUGAUGGGUGCUUUCCUCGUGCUGGAUAGGGCGCCCGAAUGGGCGCCGCCUGAUCUAGUGUGCUUCAUGGUCAUUGCUCUUCGAGCUAACAUUGCACACUACUGUUCCAUUGCUGGUAGCAGCAAAGCCUAGACUCAGGACCAGUAAGCUUUGUUGAAAAAUCUCACCUCGGAAUAUCGCGGAACUCAAUUCUUUUGUUCCUGAUGGAUAGUAGAUGUGGAUAAAAGUUGCAUGUAACAUGAGGAGAUGAAAUUCUUGCAGAUCUGGGAGGUAGCACAACAUUUUUUUCGUGAACGCGCAGGAGAGCUGCGCAUCAUUAAAUUAAGAGAAGAAAACAGUCCAAAAUGGAUCAAAAUACAAUGUCACAAUAGGCCAAACACAAGACCACCAAUUCCUGCUACGCACAGAACUGCAGCCUCCUUCUGCGCAUGAAAACAGCAGCACGCAAAAGGACAACAGCAAAGCAGGCCACACACCCACACAACUGCUCUUCACUAAGCCCCCAAUAGAACCCUUGAUCUGAAAAUUGCAGCACCAGGACCCAAAGCCUCAAGAUAUCUAGCACCGGCAAGCCUCUAGCACUCAAACUCGUCUAGAAAAACUGAUUUUAUUCCAUGAAUGGAAGAUCUGACGCCAUCAAAAACCGCCUUAUUACGAUGAAGCCAUAAACACCAAGCCCCCAAAAUGAUGAUACUGUUAAAGCCUCUUCUUUUGGAUUUGUGCACUUGCUUACACACCUUCUCCCACCAGUCAACAAAAGUGGACUCAUUAGAGGUAGGGGAAAGAUUAGCCAGUCCCAAUAAAGAGAGAAUGUAGUACCAAAAUUGCCGCGCAAAAAUGCAAGUGCAAAGGAGGUAGCACAACAUCAAAGUAGACACUAGAGAUGGGAUUUGAUUCUGUCUUGAAAAUCACACGUCUGAUGAUAUGGCCCAGCCGCAUAGAGUUUAUUUUAGGAAACACUGAGUUGAUUGGCUGUGAUUAUUUGGUAGCAAAUAGUCCCUUUUUGUAAUGGUAGCAUUAGUUACCUUAUUGAGCAUUACACGGCUCUAUAGUUUCUAUGUUUAGGAAAGAGAUUGUGGGGAAAUAAAAGGGAGAAAGGCAGAAGAGAAAAGGGACAUUCUUGUUCCACAAAUUCCAGUCUCAGGCGUUGCCGACGAUAAACGGCCGGUGGUUCCGUCAACCGCUACCAUAGGUCGCUGGCGAGCUAUCCCGGUGCCGCCCCAGCCUACUCGAUCUGGGCUGCGGCCUGGAACUCGUUCCUAUCAACGGGAACACCCAUAUCAACUGGUAUCGGAUUCAGGCGGUUCUGGUGCAUCCCUUCCCAUGGCUUCCGCUGAGGAUCGCGUGGGGCAUCUGGAGGCAUCGGUCGCGCAACUGGCGGUUGCUGUGCAGGACAUCCAGUCCAACAUAGCAGAGCUCGCCAAGGUUGUCGCCGACUCAGUGCAGCUGACGGGUGGCGAGGCGUCGGGGGUGGACGGCCGGCACCGUCCUCAACAGCAGGGACGCCGGGACGGACGAGACGCCGACGCGAUGGGCGGUGAGCGUGGCGGUCGUCGCGGGUUUCCACACGCGCCCCGUUACGACUUGCCGCUGUUCGAUGGGUCGGAGGACCCAUUGUUGUGGCUGCGUCAGUGCGAGCGGUAUGGGCGGCUGCAUGACAUUCCAAGGGAGGAGUGGGUGCAGAUGGCCGGCAUGCAUCUGCGCGGCGAGGCUCAGGAUGUUUUGGACAAUUGGGAAACUGAGGAUCAAUUCAUUUCUUGGCCGGAGUUCUAUGACACCUUCUUGCAGCGCUUCACAUGGCAUUCAACCUCGGGACCGCUGGGAGAUCUGGCCAAUUUGAAACAGCACAACAGCCGAGCAGACGUAUAUGCAAGGGAGUUUCAGCGACUUCUUGCAUGCACACCAAGGUUGUCUCGGCAGGAUCAGAUCGAGCUCUUUACCGCGGGGUUAUCGUCCACCCUCGCGGCCGAGGUCCGUCGGGAUCGCCCCCGGGACUUGGCUGACGCCAUGGGUUUGGCUCGUGAAGCAGAACGGCGGGAAGAUCUCUUUCUUGCCAAGGUGGCCCAGGCCACGCGGUCACGCGGGUCUCGUAGCACAUCUUGGGCAUCGGGCACCGAUCCAUCGGCAAGUAAUCGGGCGACGGCGCCGUCAUCCAGUGCCCUCCCGGUGGCGCCUGGGGGAUCCAAGCUGGAAGGGGGUCGAGCAUUGACGACGGCUUCACAGACUUCAGGGACUAUUCCCACUGCUCCACCAUAUCGUCGUCGUCUCAGUCCUGCAGAAAUGUCUGACCGAAGGGAGAAGGGUCUCUGUUAUAACUGUGAUGAGGUUUACUCGCGUGGACAUCGUUGUCAGCGCCUGUUCCAUUUGGAAGUGCUCAGCGAGGGUGAAGAGGAUGAUUCACUGGAGGAGGAACCAACCCUAUCUGCUAUAGCCAUGAAGGGUCUGAAGGCCAGUCGCACUAUGCAGGUCAUUGUAGUCAUGGGUGGACAACGUCUGGUGGGCUUAGUGGAUAGUGGUAGCACCCAUAACUUUAUUAGUAGCCAUGCUGCUUUUGUGGUGCAGAUCACACAAUCGUCAGGGACUGGACAGCAGGUGCAGGUAGCCAAUGGCGCUCGGUUGCCAUGUCUUGGGCGGUUGAAAGAUGUCCAGUUCUGCAUUCAAACUCACAUCUUCUCAGACUCCUUUUUGGUGAUUCCCUUGGAAGGUUUUGAUGUUGUUUUGGGGGUGCAGUGGCUGCAGAAAUUGGGUGAUAUCAACUGGAAUUUUGAUUCCCUCCAAAUGGCCUUCUCUUUGGAUGGGGGCCACGUGAGUUUGCAGGGCAUCACACCUCAUGGGCGGCCAGUACAUCUGAAGAGUCUUGUAGUGGGUAGAGACCCUCGGUUGCAGGAGAUCUUGACUGCAUUUGAUGAUCUGUUUCAAGAACCGCAGGGCCUGCCACCCUCUCGUCAGUGUGAUCAUCGCAUCUGUUUGAAGGAAGGGUCUGACCCAGUGGUGGUAAGGCCGUAUCGCUAUCCCCACCGCCAGAAGGAUGAAAUUGAGCGUCAGUGCACCGACAUGUUGGCACAAGGUAUUAUUCGGCCCAGUCGUUCUCCAUUCUCUUCACCUGUGCUUCUAGUUCGCAAGGCAGAUGGUUCUUGGCGGUUUUGUGUGGAUUAUCGUGAACUGAAUGCCACAACUAUCAAAGACAAAUUCCCAAUUCCGGUAGUGGAAGAACUGCUUUGACGAGUUGCAUGGGGCUAUAUUUUUCACCAAACUUGAUUUAAGAUCGGGCUAUCAUCAAGUCCGUAUGCAUGCUGCAGAUGUGGAGAAGACGACAUUCCGCACUCACCAUGGGCAUUUUGAAUUUCUGGUUAUGGCAUUUGGCUUGUGUAAUGCCCCUUCUACCUUUCAGGCCUUAAUGAAUGAGGUGCUCUCUAAGUUCCUUCGCAAAUUCGUGUUGGUUUUCUUCGAUGAUAUUCUUGUAUACAACCCCUCCUGGGAGGAUCAUCUGCAACAUCUUUCUUCAGUUUUGGCUCAACUCCGUCAUCAUCAAUUAUAUCUGAAACAGUCCAAGUGUGCUUUUGCUCAAGCAACAGUGGGUUAUCUGGGACAUGUCAUUUCAGCAAAAGGUGUGGAAGCUGACCCAAACAAGAUUCAGGAUGUGGAGCGAUGGCCUAUUCCCAUGUCAGUGGCAGAUAUACGGAGUUUCUUGGGUUUAGUGGGGUAUUACCGGCGCUUCAUUCAUCAUUAUGCAUCGAUCGCAGAACCUCUCACUACUCUUCUUCGCCGUCAACAAUUCCACUGGUCUGAUGAGGCGGCAGCAGCCUUCCAGCGCCUGAAGCAUGCUCUCCAAACUGCUCCAGUCCUCCGUCUUCCAGACUUCAAUAUUCUUUUUGUGGUUGAAUGUGACGCCUCUAGUACGGGGAUUGGAGCAGUGCUACAACAAGAAGGGCAUCCAGUGGCUUAUUAUAGCCGUAAACUAGCAGAUCGACAUGUGAAGCUUGCAGCUUAUGAAAGGGAAUUAAUUGGGUUAUCGAAGGCUAUUCGUCAUUGGCGGCCAUAUUUGUGGGGGCGCCCCUUUGUUGUUCGCACUGAUCAUGCAAGUCUGAAAUUUUUACUUGAUCAAGCUUUGGUGACUCCGCCGCAACAACACUGGCUCAGC